AUGAAUUUUGCACUGUGGCAAGUGCAAAGUCAAAGACGUGUUGAUUCAGUCUGGGACUGCAUAGGUUUUGAAAAGGGUAAACCAGUCAGCAGAAGAAUUCAGGAAAAGACAGUAGCAGGGAGACUUAUCAGAAAAAUCCAAGAUUUAGCGAUGAAGAAUGGGAGGAGCUGGAUAUCAAAAGCGGCAAAGUUUCAAAUUCGCAUGGUGUCUAGCAAAAAAUGUUCUGCUAAAUGUGCUUGGAUUGUCGCACACAAAGGAGUUUGUGGGAGAACUGGAAGAAUUGUAAAGGGCAAAAUAUAUCCAACAGAAAACCACAUAAGCCAUGGCCUAGCUCCAAUCAUAAAGGCCCGCGUGGCUGUCCUGCCAAGUCCAGGCAUAGGCCAUAUCACCCCUCUUCUUGACCUAUCGAAGCGUCUAGUCCUUCACCAUGAGUUACAGGUCGGCUUCCUUGUCAUCACAACCAACGAAUCCUCUACAGCUUUGCAAAAGCUCCUCCAUUCACCAACUAUCCCUCCUGGCCUUGACAUUGUUCAACUUCCUCCCGUCAAUGUCUUUGCCGUCGCCACUGACACUAUGCCGGUCCUUACUCGCCUAUGUGUCGUUGUAGAAGAGAGUCUCAGGUCCUUAAAAUCCGUCCUUAUAGAAUUAGGCAAGCCAAAAGCAUUAGUAAUUGAUUUGUUCUGUACUCAAGAUUUUCAAGUCUGCAAUGAACUGUCGAUUCCAGUGUACUCAUUUUUCACUGCCUCUAACGCUUUGCUCACUCUUUCUUUGUGUCUUCCAACUCUUGACCGUGAAGUGGACGGCGAAUUCAUUGACCUUCAAGAACCGGCUAAGGUGCCUGGCUGUACUCCAAUUCAAACUCAAGACCUGCUUGACCAAAUCAAGAACCGAAAAAUUGACGAGUAUAAAUGGUAUUUAAUUAAUGUUAGCCGGCUGCCAUUGGCAGCAGGGAUAUUUAUUAACUCUUGGGAGAAUCUUGUGUUAGCCGCCGUUGUUGAAAACAAAAGAAAAAAAAAAUAUAUAAAAAAAUUAGUUUUUGCUUAAUCCCACAUCGGGGAGAUAAGCAAAGUGAAGGUAGUGAUUUGACUAUAAAAUGGAAGCAAU